GUAACUCCUGGUAACAGAUGCUCCAUGCUGUGGCAGACUCCAACAUAGACAGUAUAUGUACUGUAGUGUGUUGGGCCUGGCUCCAGGGCUUCCCUUGUGCACCCAUGCAGAGAGGACCCCCAGGGGAGUAGACGCCAGCUGAGACUGAAAAACAAGGUAAGAGGCCAGCUGACACACUUGCAUACAGGCUCAGCUGUUUGUCUCAAAGGAAAGUUCAGCAUGUCAAGUACACAGAGAGCCAAGAAAUGAUGGAGUACUGCCAGAUUCAAGCCUUCCAGGGAGAAAACAUAGCAGGAAUACGUAAAGAUGGAUAGAUGGAAGAUGCUAGGCUAUGCACACUAUUGUGCAAUGGGUCUAAGGUCUAAGUCACAUCAUGAUGGAGGAGAGUCUGGAGACAGAUGGCCCCAGAUCCUCUAUGCCGGCUGAGCUCCACCAUCCCCACUCUAAGUAUUCUCAGUGGAAGUUUAAACUGUUUAGGUUGAAGUCAAUGGAGAAGGCCCCUCUGCCCAGUGAGUCACAGCCUGAGAAAGGAGCCUUGUUAGUUAUCUCACCUCCGUCAGCUCUAAAUAUAGGGAUAGAUAAAGACAUAGGCCUAGGGAGUGUCAUGAAAUUAUGCCUAGGAGGAAAAAGCAAGGAAAAUGUAGAGGGCCCUGGCCAUAGGGUGGAUAAGAAGCUACAGGAAAUGGACACCCACAUGAACCACCUUAGGUGCUUGUGCCGUCUUUGUGGAACAGCCCUGAGAAAAGUCAAAGGACCGGUGCACAAUGUUCAUGGAGAUCUGGAUGAGGUCAGCAAAGGUUCCCUUCGUAAAAUGGGCUGCAAGUUCACAAGCUGGCCAGGCGUAGUUCUCAAAGUCUUCAAAGUGGACGUGACAGAGGACACAGAAUCUGUCCACCCUCUUUCCUUCUGCCAUCGCUGCUGGGUGACCACCAUACGAGGAGGGGGCUUCUGCAGCUUCUCCAGAACAAGAGUCCCAGAGUGGAAACCUCACUCUUACACCUGUCAUCUUUGCUCCCCGAGAAAACCUUCAUUUCAGCGGACUAGGAGGAAGAGGCGAAAAGCCGUUCCCAAAGCCCAAAGCCUGGCAAAAAGAGCCAGGUGGGAUAAUGGAGACAGCACUGCUGUUGGUGAGAGGAGGGUUCUGAGACCAUUUGGAGAACCUCAUCAUGACCCUGUGAACAGGGCAUGGAAGAAUCCCCGCAUCCAGAGAGAACAAUGGGUGAGGACCAUCACCCGCUGCCAGAAAGACCACCUGAACACCAAGCUGAUCUCUGAGAAGCUCCCUGUAGACUUUCUCUUUUCUUUCACCUGCCUGGUGUGUGACCACCUGCUCUCUAAUCCAGUCCAAUCCCCCUGUGGGCACUUGUUCUGUCACAGCUGUAUUAUUAAAUACAUCCACAUUCUUGGGCCUCUCUGCCCGGCCUGCAACUUGACGUGUGCCCCCACUGAUCUCACCUCGCCUGCCAAAGCCUUCUUAUCAGCCCUACAUUCCCUGGCUCUGCGCUGCCCCUGUGGCAAGCAGGUAAGGCUGGACUCAUUUAAAACUCAUUGUCAGUGCCAUGAGCUGGAUGAACAGGAUGCAAAACAGCAGACAUCAGAACUUGACAGCUACCUGCUCACCAAUAAAGGGGGAAGACCCCGUCAGCACCUGCUAUCGCUAACACGUCGGGCCCAGAAGCAUCGGCUGAGGGAUAUGAAGAACCAGCUGAAGGCAUUUGCAGAUAAAGAGGAAGGUGGUGACCUGAAGUCUGUGUGCCAGACUCUGUUUCUGCUUGCACUGAGGUCUGGGAAUGAACACCGGCAAGCAGAUGAGCUAGAGGCCAUAAUGCAAGGCAGAGGGUUUGGGCUGCAUCCUGCUGUGUGCUUGGCCAUUCGGAUCAACACUUUCCUGAGCUGCAGCCAAUAUCACAAGAUGUACCGGACUGUCAAAGCCACCAGUGGCCGCCAGAUUUUUCAGCCCCUGCACACCCUGCGAGCGGCAGAGAAGGAGCUUCUGCCUGGCUUCCUCGAGUUUGAAUGGCAGCCAGCUCUCAAGAAUGUGUCUACAUCUUGCAAUGUUGGCAUUAUUAACGGGCUCUCUGGAUGGACUUCCUCUGUGGAUGACUUCCCAGCUGACACCAUCACUCGCCGGUUUCGUUAUGAUGUGGCUCUGGUGUCAGCAUUAAAGGAUCUGGAGGAGGACAUCAUGGAGGGGCUCAGAGAGGCUGGUAUGGAAGACAGUACUUGUACCUCAGGCUUCAGUGUCAUGAUCAAAGAAUCGUGUGAUGGCAUGGGCGAUGUCAGCGAGAAACAUGGCGGGGGACCAGCUGUCCCUGAGAAGGCUGUACGUUUUUCUUUUACUGUCAUGUCUGUGUCUGUCAUGCCAGAGAACGAGGAGAAGGAGGUUACCAUUUUCACUGAGCCCAAGCCAAACUCAGAACUGUCAUGUAAGCCCCUUUGCCUGAUGUUUGUGGAUGAGUCAGACCAUGAGACACUCACAGCUGUCCUGGGGCCUGUAGUUGCUGAGCGUAAUGCAAUGAAGGAGAGCAGGCUUGUCCUUUCUUUGGGUGGACUAGCUCGCUCCUUGCGCUUCCACUUCAGAGGCACAGGUUACGAUGAGAAAAUGGUGCGUGAGAUGGAGGGCCUCGAGGCCUCAGGGUCCACCUAUGUCUGCACUCUUUGUGACUCCACCCGGGCAGAGGCCUCUGAAAACAUGGUGCUACACUCAGUCACCCGCAGUCAUGAAGAGAACUUGGAUCGCUACGAGAUAUGGAGAAGCAACCCCUUUUCCGAGUCUGUAGACGAGCUGCGGGACAGAGUCAAAGGGAUCUCUGCCAAGCCAUUCAUGGAGACACAGCCCACGCUGGAUGCGCUACACUGUGACAUUGGCAAUGCCACAGAGUUCUACAAAAUCUUCCAGGACGAGAUCGGGGAGGUGUACAAAAAGGUCAACCCCAGUCGGGAGGAGCGGCGGAGCUGGAGGGCAGCCCUGGAUAAACAGCUGAGGAAAAAACUGAAGCUCAAACCGAUCAUGAGGAUGAAUGGGAACUAUGCCCGCAGGUUAAUGACCCAGGAGGCUGCGGAUGUGGUGUGUGAGCUGGUGCCCUCUGAGGAGCGGAGGGAGGCCCUCAGGGAGCUUAUGAGUAUCUAUGUCCAGAUGAAGCCUGUGUGGCGUGCCAGCUGCCCUGCUAAGGAGUGCCCCGACCAGCUGUGCCGCUACAGCUUUAACUCGCAGCGCUUUGCAGACCUUCUCUCCUCUACCUUCAAAUAUAGAUACAAUGGAAAGAUAACCAAUUAUCUGCACAAGACCCUGGCCCAUGUGCCUGAAAUCAUAGAGAGAGAUGGAUCCAUAGGAGCCUGGGCCAGCGAAGGGAACGAGUCUGCAAACAAACUGUUCAGGCGUUUCCGGAAGAUGAAUGCUCGUCAGUCAAAGGCCUUUGAGCUUGAGGACGUGUUGAAACAUCACUGGCUGUACACUUCCAAAUACCUGCAGAAGUUCAUGGAAGCUCACAAGGACUCUGUCAAAGCUCUGCAAGCUACCAUUGACCCAAUAGAGAGCCAGGAUUAUGAGAACAAGUCUCUGGACAUUCUUGACCUUUGAUUUUUUUCUUUCAAAUUGAAACACCCAGUGUAAUUGAUUUCAUGAUAAGCAUAUACUAUUUCAAUUGCCUCUGUCAGUAGAACACAUUUACUUUCUAUACCAAUUCAUUAUUUGGAAUGAAAAGGGGAAAGAGCUUCUUGAAGCAAAGAUUUUCAUAAUUUUUCGAAAGUAAUGUUAUUCACCCACUAAUUUCUUUUGAACAUGUGUGUUUUGUUUAUAAGUUUUAAUUGUAUUUUACUUUGUUGUUGUAUUUCUUUUAGCUGUAUGUUACCACAGUGCAAUUAUUUAACAGCAGAGAACAGUAACACAGGUUUCUUCUUUCUUGCUCUUAGCGGGAAAGCUUUUUUUCUAUCUUCGCCAUCUGUGAAAUAUGGCACAGUUUAUUGUAUUGCAAGGAUAUGACACAUUUAUGAAUUUAUAUAAAGAGGAUAUUUAUGGAAACAGAUGAAAGUGCUGUAAGUCAUGGAGGAAAAAUUGUGUUAAGAAGACCACAUUUGUGGCCACUGUAUUAAUAUAUCAUUUGAGCUGGAACAAAAUGCAAUCACAGAGACCCAAAGUUCUUUGUUUCAUGAGUGCCCCCUGAAAAAGAUUUCUUUAGUGCUCUAUCGUCGGAUCCCUGAGGGGCAGAAUAGAUGCCAGGUCACUUUGAACCAAUUUUUAUCUCUUAGUUUUUGCACAGUAGAGGAUGGAUGAUACUUAUUCCAAUUCUUCAUCUAAAAUAAAGCAUAUACUGACCUUUUUGUUGAUAUCAUAAAAAUACAGUAUGGUCCAUUACAGAGCCUAAUACCCCAUGGAGUUUCCAGCAGGUGGGGAUUUUUUUUAAGUCCUGUAUAUAUCCUGGAUUUUUUUCUCUGCUGAUAUUUCUUCAUUGCCAAGGUUGACAGAGGAGAAGGAUGAGCGGGAGCUAGAACGACUCUAUGUAAACUGAUUUGUUGGCAAGUUUAUUUGUUUGAUUGAUUGAUUAUAUCAUCUUUUUUGUGCUCUCACAAUUUAGAAUUUUGACAGGCAAUUUUGUUUUCUUAUUUGAUUGAAUGCUUGAUUUUAUUUUACUGUCAUAAGGUUUAACCAUGUGACAGCUGUGAAAUAUUCACAUUUCAUUCCAUAGUUGUCAUCUCCCCACAAUACCAUCCUGUUUCAGAUUGCAACAUGUCUCAUAUUUGGUUUUUUUGCAAUAAUUAAUUGCAUUUCCAAAAUAAUGGAUGAUGGAUGUUUCACCGAUUUCCACUUGUUAACUUUAAACCGUGUUUUUUCUAAAAAAUGUUCUCCAUAUUACACUAAAUAUCGGAUAAAAUGUUUACAGGAGUUGUGGAUGACGUUCAGUGGUGAUUUAUUGAGCAUUUUCUAUUAAACUGAGGUUCCACUACCUUUUAUUUUUGUACUCAUAUAACUGCUGAAUUUCUGGUGAAAUGACAACUUUUACUUUUAUAUAAUUAUGGUCAAAGAAUGAAUAAAUAAAGACAAGAUGUGACUUGAA